AUGAAGACCGGUAUCCUACUUGUGUUCCUGUGGGGGUUGGCCUGUGCCCUCCCAGUUACCAGGUAUCAGAAUACUGAAUCCGAGAGCUCAGAAGAGUGGAUGGGCGGUUUGGCUCCGUCACCACCACCCUCCACGAACAGUGAGUCAUCAGACGAGACUAAAGUUAGCUCAGAGGAACAGGCAAACGAUGACCCCAGUGACAGCACUGAGUCUGAAGAGGAUGUGGACUCUGACGGUGACCAGUAUGCCUACAGACCCACUGGUGGUCUCACUAAGAGUGUGGGAACAGAAGCUGAUAAGGAGGAUGAUGAGGAUGACAGUGGAGACGACACCUUUGGUGAUGAGGACAAUGGCCCAGGACCUGAAUGGGGAGGACACUCCAGACCGGACAGUGAUGAGGACUCCUCAGACAACACGCAAUCCAGUGAAGACUCUCGAGAAAACAAUGCCCAAGAUGCCCUCAGUGACAGCAGGGACCGUGAGGAUGAGGCAGACAGCCGGCCUGAGGCAGGUGACUCCACUCAGGACAGCGAGAGCGAGGAACAUUGGGUAGGAGGUGGCAGUGACGGGGAGCAUAGCCAUGGGGACGGCUCUGAGUUUGACGAUGAAGGGAUGCUGAGUGAUGACCCUGAAGGCACCAGGAGUGACCGAGGCCACGCCAGGAUGAGCAGCGCUGGUAUCAGGUCAAAAGAAUCGAAAGGGAACCAGGAGCUCACGAGCACUGGGGAUUCAGACGAGAGCCAAUCUGUGGAACUGUCAAGCAGCAAGUCCUUCAGAAGGUCCCAGGUCUCCGAGGAAGAUGGCAGAGGUGAGCUCACAGACAGCAGUAGCAGGGAAACCCAGAAUGACUCCACAGAGGACACCGUCUCCAAGGAGGACACAGCCGAGAGCCGGUCCCAGGAAGACAGUCCAGAGGGACAAGACACCAGCAGUGAGUCCAGUGAGGAGGCUGAUGGGCCAUCCCAGGAAAGCAGCAGUGAGUCUCAGGAAGGGGUGGCCAGUGAGUCCAGGGGUGACAACCCAGAUUACACUAGUCAGACGGGAGACCAAGAAGACAGCGAGUCCAGUGAGGAGGACAGCCUGAACACACUCUCCAGCUCAGAAAGUCGGUCCACAGAGGAGCAAGCUGACAGCGAGUCCAGUGAGAGCCUCAGACUGUCGGAGGAAAGUCAAGAGUCAGCCCAGGAUGGAGACAGUUCCAGCCAGGAAGGCCUCCAGUCUCAGAGCACUUCAAGGGAGAGCAGGAGCGAGGAGAGCCAGUCUGAGCAGGACAGCCGUUCUGAGGAGGAGAGUGACAGUGAGUCUCAGGACAGUAGCAGAUCCAAAGAAGGCAGUAACUCUACAGAAAGCACUUCAAGCAGUGAGGAAGACGGCCACCCUAAAAACAUGGAGGCGGACAGCAGGAAACUAACAGUCGAUGCGUACCACAACAAACCCAUCGGGGACCAGGAUGACAAUGACUGCCAAGAUGGCUACUAG